AUGGCCGUCCGCCGCAGGACCGCGGCGGCCGCUGCCGGGGACCCGCCUCCGCAGGCGCCACCGGCAGAUGCGGCGGCGGCGGCGGCGGCGGUGCCAGACGAACCGGUUCUCCGGCCGCCGAACCUGCGCGUGGCCGCUGUGGCCGCGGCGCUCUUCCUCGCGCCGUUCUCGUACCUCGCGUUCGUGCACUACCCGCUGGGCGCCGAUCUGCAGCGAUCCAUCCUCAAAUGCGGCGCCAUGAGCCUCGUUGGCUUCUGCGUCGCGCUCAAGCUCAUCCCUGUCGCAGCCCGCUACCACCUCCGCCGCCGGAUGUUUGGCUACGACAUCAACAAGAAAGGCUUGCCCACGGGCCAAAUCAAAGUGCCUGAGGCACUUGGUCUUGUUGUGGGGAUUGUCUACUUGGUCAUUGCUAUUAUAUUUCAGCAGUUUCACUAUGCCCCAGACUCCAUUUGGCUUGUUGAAUAUAAUGCAGCAUUGACAUCAGUCUGCUUUAUGAUUCUUCUUGGAUUUGUUGAUGAUGUUCUUGAUGUUCCAUGGAGAGUGAAACUGGCGUUGCCAACGUUUGCAGCACUCCCAUUGCUGAUGGCAUAUGCUGGUGGCACUUCCAUCAUCAUUCCAAAGCCUUUAACUCCUUAUGUUGGACUAACGGUUUUGGAACUAGGUUUAUUUUACAAGCUAUUCAUGCUCUUGUUAGCAGUCUUUUGUACAAACUCGAUAAAUAUACACGCUGGCCUAAAUGGACUUGAAGUUGGGCAGACAGUUGUUAUAUCUGCUGCGGUUUUGAUACAUAAUGUUAUGCGCAUAGCAUCUUCUACAGACAUUGAAUCUCAGCAAGCUCAUGAAUUCUCUAUUUAUCUUGUCUUGCCUUUCCUAACCAUUUCAUUAGCUUUGCUAGCUUUUAACUGGUAUCCUUCAAUUGUUUUUGUUGGUGAUACCUACACCUAUUUUGCUGGAAUGGCUUUGGCUGUGAUAGGAAUUUUGGGACAUUUCAGCGAGACGUUAUUGCUCUUCUUUUUACCUCAAGUUCUUAAUUUCUUGUGUUCAGUCCCACAGCUCUUUCACUUUGUUCCAUGCCCAAGACAUAGGUUGCCGAGGUUUGAUCCUGAAACGGGUCUUUUGACUGGUACAAAAGAUGGGAAUCUGGUUAAUAUAUUCCUUAGGUUAUUUGGAAAGUGCUCAGAGAAGGCCCUUUGCAUAAGGCUCCUUAUUUUUCAGAUCUCGUGA